CUUAAACUCUAUCACCGCCGGCUCUGCUCUUUCUCAAGCAAUUUUCUUAUUCCUUUUUAGUGAUUUGCUUGGCUGUUCAUUGAUUUUCUCUCUUCUGACAAACGAACAUGCAAGAACAUAUUUGCACCUUGUUCUUCUGACAAAGAAAUUGCAUGUGCACUAGCUGCCUUGUUCGUCUGACAAAAGAACAUGCUGCUUAAGCAUAUUUCCCCCCCUUCUCUCACUCCCAGAUCUGUCUCCCAAAGAUAUCAUUUCCAUGUUUCUUUGGCGAAUAUUAUGUUGCAAGUUGACAUGGGUUUAUAUAUUCUACAUGAUGGUUGUGGUUUUGCCGAGCACAGACAGACCUAUGAAUCUUCUUGCGUGUUGACUUGUUGAACUGUCCCAUCCAAAGCUCUUCUCUAGGGUAGCUCCGCCGCUUGCACCGUCAUCGUCGCAAAGGUCAGAUGUAUCUGGUGAAGGACAUCGGCGGCGCCAUCUGCCUGAUGGCGGCGGCCCUGGUGCUCCUGGGCACCUGGCCGGUCGUCCUCGCCGUGCUGGAGCGCCGGGGACGGCUGCCGCAGCACACGUACCUGGACUACUCCAUCACCAACUUCUUGGCCGCCGUGCUGAUCGCCCUCACAUUCGGCCAGAUCGGCGGCGACACGCCGGAGACGCCCAAUUUCCUCACUCAGCUCGCCCAGCCCCAGGACUACUGGCCGUCGAUCAUGUUUGCGCUGGCGGGCGGCGUGGUGAUCACCCUCGGCACCGUGGCCACGCAGUACGGCUGGGCAUACGUCGGGCUUUCGGUCACCGAGGUCAUGGCCUCAAGUCUCAAGGUUGUCAUAGGAACGACACUGAACUAUUUUCUGGACGGCCGGAUCAACAGGGCGGAGGUUCUGUUCCCCGGCGUCGGAUGCUUUCUGAUUGCAGCCUGCCUAGGCUCACUUGUUCACUCCUCCAAUGCUGCUGACAACCAGGAGAAGCUAUCAAACUCCAGAAACUACUCUACUGGGAACACGCCAAAGGAGGAUCUCACCCAACACCUCCUUCAAGUAGAAGAGGAACCAAAGGAUUGUGAAGAAGCAAAGCCUGCAGUACCAAAUAAUAAGGCCGUGGAGAAAGCCUUGGCAGGGACAGCAGAUUUCCUCAUCGACCUCGAGGACAAGAGAUCAAUCAAGGUUCUUGGAUCCAACACGCUGGUGGGCCUGGCGAUCGUGACGUUCGCGGGGGUGUGCUAUUCGCUGUUCGCGCCGGCGUUCAACCUGGCGACCAACGACCAGUGGCACACGCUGCGCGACGGAGUGCCGCACCUGGUGGUCUACACUGCCUACUUCUACUUCUGCCUCUCCUCGCUAGUGGUCGGCGUGGCGCUCAACGUCUGGUGCCUCUACCGCCCCAUGGCCGGCGUGCCGCGGUCGACGCUCCGGGCGUACGUCGGUGACGGGGAGGGGAGGGGGCUGGCGCUGCUGGCGGGGCUGGUGUCCGGGCUGGGCAACGCGUUCACGUUCAUGGCCGGGCAGGCGGCCGGGUACGCGGCGGCGGACUCCGUGCAGGCGCUGCCGCUGGUGAGCACCUUCUGGGGCGUGGUGCUGUUCGGGGAGUACCGGAGGUCGUCGCGGAGGACCUACACGCUGCUGGGGAGCAUGCUCUUCAUGUUCGUCGUCGCCAUGGCCGUGCUCAUGGCCUCCUCCGCGCACAGGAAGCCGCUCUGACACGCCCUUGCUCAUGCUCAUGCAUCAAUGCAUGGCAACCGGGACCUUGCGUAGCAAAGACAGAGAGGCUACAAUAGCAAGCUCUUCAACGAGGACGGAUGUUGUGUAAUUUGGGCCAGUGCCGAUGUAUGUCACAUUUUUUUAAAAUAAUCCUAAUCUAUGAUCGAAGUUCACCGAAAGUAAAAA